UCCAGCUGUGAGGAAAACCUCCGGCGGGGCUGUCUGGAGAUGAGCGGAGGGAGAACAGAGGUUUGUGGGGAGAGCUGGGCUUCUGUUUUGCGAUCCAGAUGGAGCAGAAAAGAGAUCUGAUGCCGCUGUGCUGCUGCUGCUGCUGCUGCUGGAUCCUCUUCAACUCUGUGCUGGCUGAAGACUCAAGUCGAGUUCACACCGAGGAUGAGCUCUUCCGGAGUUUAUUUGGGGGCUACAGCAAGUGGACUCGUCCGGCGCAGAACAUCACGGACGUCGUCAUCAUCAAGUUUGGCCUUUCGAUCGCACAGCUGAUAGAUGUGGACGAGAAAAACCAGAUGAUGACCACCAACGUGUGGCUGAAACAGGAAUGGACAGAUUAUAAGCUGCAGUGGAGUCCCUCCGACUACGACAACGUGACGUCCAUCAGAGUUCCUUCUGAGCUCAUCUGGGUGCCGGACAUCGUGCUGUACAACAAUGCAGAUGGAGAGUUUGCCGUCACCCACAUGACCAAGGCCCAGCUGUUCCACACCGGUCGGGUUCGCUGGGUUCCUCCGGCCAUCUACAAAUCCUCCUGCUCCAUCGACGUCACCUUCUUCCCCUUCGACCAGCAGAGCUGCAAGAUGAAGUUCGGAUCGUGGACGUACGACCGGGCCAAGAUUGACCUGGAGCCCUUGGAGAACACCGUGGACCUGAAGGACUACUGGGAGAGCGGAGAGUGGGCGAUUGUCAACGCCGUGGGUACCUACAACACCAAGAAGUACGACUGCUGCCACGAGAUCUACCCCGACAUCACGUACUACUUCGUGAUCCGCCGCCUGCCGCUGUUCUACACCAUCAACCUGAUCAUCCCCUGCCUGCUCAUCUCCUGCCUCACCGUCCUGGUCUUCUACCUGCCGUCCGACUGCGGCGAGAAGAUCACGCUGUGCAUCUCGGUGCUGCUGUCACUCACCGUCUUCCUGCUGCUCAUCACCGAGAUCAUCCCGUCCACGUCGCUGGUCAUCCCGCUCAUCGGCGAGUACCUGCUCUUCACCAUGAUCUUCGUCACGCUGUCCAUCAUCAUCACCGUGUUCGUGCUGAACGUGCACCACCGCUCGCCGGAGACCCACUCCAUGCCCAGGUGGGUCCGCAGGUGCUUCCUGUCGGCGGUUCCACGAUGGCUGUGCAUGAAGCGACCAAACCACGAGCUGAGGCCUGGGAGGCGGAGGCCCCUGACCGAUAAACUCCUCGCCAUCCGGACCCCAGGUCCCUGCCACUGCACCUCCACCUGGAUCACUCAGGAGUCCGACAUCGAUCUCCAUGGUUACCAGGACGACUGCCACCAGCUGGAAACAGAAGGCGAAGCUAACGACUGUGACCUCCGUCCACAUACAGAUGAGUUUUCAAGGUUUGGGGUGAAGCUGGCCGGUCGCUCGAGGAUCUCUUCUCCACCUUCCCCUCGCUCUCUGGGCUACACUCUCCUCCCACAGAGACAGUCCACGCUCAGCCUGGACUGGGACACCCCUCCUGUGGAACAUGGUUUGGUCCAGAGCCCCUUGGCCUCUGUGCUGUCUCCUGCGGUGGUAUCAGCCCUGGAGGGGGUCACCUACAUCGCAGAGCAUCUAAAGGCAGAAGAUGCAGACUUUUCAGUGAAGGAGGACUGGAAGUACGUUGCCAUGGUAGUGGACCGGAUCUUCCUGUGGAUGUUCAUUAUCGUGUGUCUGCUGGGGACGAUUGGACUGUUCCUGCCUCCGUGGCUCUCUGGGAUGAUUUAAAAUUGAAAUGGAUAUCACCUUAAAAUGACUAAAAAUCUACUUCAUGAAUAGAAUAAUCCGAUAAUGUACUUUAUAGCUUCUCACAACAAAAAACAGCAAAUUUGACAUUUUAUAUUGCCUUUAAAAAAGUAUUCACCUACUUUUGGAAGUUUUCCGCUUUUAUUGCUUUUCAACAUUGAAUCAUAGUUGACUUAUUUGGCUUUUAUGACAAUACUAUACAAAGUAAGAAAUUUUUGUCAAAGCAGGACUAAUUAAAAAUCUAAAAUGUAAACUACGUGAUCCAAUAUGGACUCACCCUGUUUAACAUGACUAAUUUAACACAGGAGCAGUCAGCUGGUACUAGUAGUCACACAUUUAGUGAAGUGGCGAUUAUAUGAGAGCAGUGAAUGUGUCUCAGUGAUUCUAAUAUCAAGACAUCUGUAUCUGGAAGGUCCAGUGACUGGUGAAUCAGUAUUUCUUAAUAGAACUAGACUAUGAUUACAAAAGAACAAUUCAAGCAAUUCUGUGAAAAGGGUAUUGAAAAGCAAUGGUCAGGGGAUGCAUGUAAGAACAUUUUCAAGUCACUGAAUCUCUCUUGGAGUCCAGUUAAAUCCAUUACUAGGAGAUGGAAGACAUAUGGCACAGUAUCAUCACUAAGUGAGCGACUGAGCAAGAAAGAGACUCGUGAGGGAAGUCACCAAACCCUCUUUUCGACCGGGGUGGAGCCCGUUCGGAGUUGGAGCCGGCGCCCGACUUGGCGCCGGUUUUUUGUGUUUCGACCACCGGAGCUGCGGCUCCGGGCUCCAAAAACUGGGGCCGUUUCGGGCACCAACUCGUUGCUGGGCCAGACUUGGCCAGAGUUGAGAGCCGAGCACGUCACGGGCAGAGGGCGGGGUGACAUCUAAACAGAUAAACAUGGAUAUGGUCAUCAACUUAUUGCGCGUGUUUAACCGCUAAGUAGUCAAUGCAAGCGUAGUCGAAGCUAAGUUUCUAAGCUAACGCUAGCACGUUUACUGUUAAGUAUCCAAACGUCUUUGAUAAUUACCUUUCUUCUCAAACGUGAUCGCUGGGCAUUGGAACGGCGACGCCGAUGGGUAACCCCUAACAGAAGGUUUUGCUGUUCAGCGAUGGCGAGACACACUAGCAAAGCCAUGAACACCACUCCAAUGAAGUCCUCCAUUGUUGUUGUGUGGGUUUCCGUACGGCGUGAACGCUGUUGAACGGCUACGUACGCAGUACGUACACACGUUUUGUGGUGGCGCAAUGACGCAGCUCCAACUUUGCUCCUUCCGAAUGGAAACACAAACCCGUUCUGGGGCGGCACGAGAUUUGAACCAAAAAAGCACUGGCUCUCAACUUUGAACCAACCUAGCACCUGGUGCUCUUUGGUCGAAAAGGGGCUCAAGACACCUACAACUCCUCAGAAGGACUUGUAGGUUUCAGUAGCUGAGAUGGAAGAGAAUGCGUAUAUAGCAAGUAUGGUCUGUUCUUCACCAGUCAAAUCUUUAUGGGAGAGUGCCAAAGAAAAGGACAUUCUUAUAAAAAUCUCAUAUUAAACCUGGACUACAGUUCAAAAGAAAGCAUAUGGGAGACUCUAAGGUCAACUGAAAGAAGAAUCUUGGGUUGUGAAGCAUGGUGGUGGCAGCAUCAUGAUGUUUGUAAAGGUAGAAGAUAAAAUGAAUGAGCAUCAUUCCCAAGUUGAAAAGCAAUAAAAGUAGAAAACUUCCAAGCUGGGUGAACACUUGUUAUUGGUUCUGUCUAUAGAAGAGCACAAAUGAGGCUGAAAUUAAUAACUGGAUCAGUCCAUGUCAUUUCAGUCCCAGUGUUCACUUCAAAUAUAUGUCUUGGAACACUCAAUAAGGAAAAAUCUGUUCAGUUCCUGAAUUCUGUCUCAGUUGACAUGGACUAGCCUGAUUAUUUCCAUCGACCAUCUGCUUGUCACUUUUUCAUUUAAUCAUUUUAUUGAGUAAAUGCACAAAAAUGUAAAAUUCAGAUCAAAAACCUGUGGAAGCUGAUUUAAAAUUUUGCUAUUUUUAAAUAAACUUCAUUUGUGUGAUCUAGAA